AUGAUCAAGUCGGGCAAAGACAUUUCCCUCGAGGAAGCCGAAGCCCUCCAAGUUGCUGCCCGUGCAGGACUCCCCGUGCCCCGAAAACUCGCCACUGACAGCCAGCCCGGCGGCAUCAACAUUCUCCAUAUGAGUCAGGUCGAAGGCCGGCCCUUGUCAGAAGUCUGGCCCACCAUGACCCUCCGUCAGAAGCGUUGCGUCGCCGUCCAACUCCGCAGGAUCCUCACCACCAUGCGUUGGUGGGUGCCUGUAGCGGCAGGGAGUGCCGGGACUUGA